GGGCGGCCAUCUCCACACCUAACAUGGCCGCCGCCACUCGCCCUGCACGCUACGAGCAAGAUGGCAACUCCACUCUUCCGGCGACACCCAAGAUGGCGUUCGCGGAACUUCCGGCCACACCUAAAAUGGCCACUGUCACCUGCCUCCACACCCAAGAUGGCUGUUCGAAUAUGUGACGCUCCUUCCGGUUAAGCAAACAGGAAGUUGCUCAUCGACCAUUGCCCCCGAAUCCCUGGCGGGGGGUUCCGGUUUCGGGAGCUGCCUCGGUCCCCAUGGAGACGGGCGGGGGCCGAUUCGGGGUGUCGGAGACCCUGGGGGCCCUGAACGCGGCGCUGAAGAAGAAACCCGGCCCCCCCGCCUCCGUCUGGUUCAAGGAGAGCAGCGCCCGGAACCUGCGAAGCCGCGACUUCCUCGCCCCCCAGGCCGCGCUGCGGCCUCUGUUCCCGGGGGGGCAGGUUCCCAAAGACAUCAUAGAGGAUGUGAUUUCACUAAAAUGCCCUGGAGUACCACCUCUCCAGAGCUGCCAGCAGACCCCCCUGGGGCUGACUGUUCAGUUACAGAGACCGGCUGCCUUCCAGCAGGUCCUGAAUUCUAUUGCUGAGUUCACAAAGCCUUUCCAGUCCGCAGGUGGGCAGAGUAUCAUCCUCAACUGCACACCCCUCUGGAGCUGGAGAAGCCUGGACAUGCUUAGCCUGAGCAAUCUGAGAGCCAUUCUAGUAACUGACCACUUGGCUGAAGUGCUCAGAAUACAAGGGCUGAACGUCCACCUGGUUCCUGCUGUGCCUGACGAAGGAAUCCAGAAGUUCCUGCACCAGAUGAGAGUUGACUGGCCCUCAGAGUUGGAAACGACAUUCAUUCCUGAGGAUGUUUUGGCCUUGAAACAAGUCCUCAGCCGGUGCCCUUAUGCUACAGUCUCAGGACUGGAGCCAGGGCAGAUGAGGCUGGCUGACAAUGUAAUAUUUAAAGUGCAUUUGAAAAACUUCCUGGCGCAGCAGAGCUUGGAGGGCUAUGACCCCAACCUAGAUGUCUGUCUUGUGACUGAGGAGAAACUGCGGGUCCUGGCAGAGCUGCGACAAAUGGCCCUGCGCUGUGCGGGCACGGGGCCGGGAGGCUGCUGCAGGGUGGUGCAUGUGGUGAGCUGUGAGGGAGAGUUUCAGCAGCAGCAGGUGGAUUUGCUCUGGAGGAUGUUGGACCUGGGAGCUCACACAGCCUUACAGGAAGAACUCAUGGUGAAAGGGGACCUUAUCUCCUUGAAAACCUUCCUUUUCCUCCUCUGUAGCCUCCCCCUGCCCUUCUGGUCAAGCACUAUAGAUGAGAAAGGCAGUGUUCCUGCCUCCGAAGACCUUGAUGCUAAGAAACAUCUCGUCUGUGGGCCAGUGAAGGUCGCUAACUCCCCCUCUCCUGUGGGGGCACCCCAGUAUUUCCAGCUUCGCAGGUGCCAGAUGUACGAAGCCUCAGUCAUGAAGUAUGGAGACCUUGUUCAGGAUGACUCUUGGACUGAGAUCAUCAGCGUCUUGACAUCAGCUGCCAUGAGGUUUGAAAUGCUGAGUACAGCCCAUCAGAGUCAGAUUUUCCUCAACCUGGAGGACAGCAGCAUCUCCACAAAGGGAACGAAAAGCGGAGCCUUUGUGAUGUACAACUGCGCUCGGCUUGCUACGCUCUUCAAAACGUACCAGCAGGCUGUGGAGCAAGGUGCAUACCCGGCCUUUCCCCCAGCAUCAGAACUGAACUUCUCCCUGCUCAGAGAAGAGGGCGAAUGGCUUUUGCUGUUCAACUACAUUCUUCCCUUCCCAGAGACCCUGAGCCAGGCAGCACAACUGCCCCUCUCCAGCAAAGGGAUUCGAAUCACAGCCAGCACGGAGGCGGUGUGCAAGUUCCUGAUCCACCUGAGCAUGGACUUCAGCUCCUACUACAACCGCGUUCACAUACUGGGGGAGCCACUGCCUCACUUGUUCAGCCAGAUGUUUGCUCGGCUACAGCUGCUGAGAGGAGUGAGAGAUGUGAUCCACAGGGCCCUGGCUACCCUCCACCUGCCUCCUCUCAGCCAGAUCUGAGCCAUGCGGCCACCGCGCAAGUGCCAAACGGGGAGCAGAGAGUCUGUUCUGAAGCUGCUGUUAGGAGUUCACAGGGUAACCCUGUUCCAGAGGGUGGGGGAGGGGUUCCCCACAGGUUUAGUUGCUCUCUGGAGGGGCUGGCUGUUUUGGAGCAGAAGGGGUUCAAUCCCCUUUCCACAGCUAGGGCUGCCGCACUGCUGGCACUGGGCCUGGGCUCUGCCUCCCAGCCACUGAUGCCAACCUUGCUGGGGAGCCUGGUGCCAGCCACCGUCAGCCCUUCGGGAUCUGUCUGCCUUGAGCCCCUGCCCCGGGGGUGGAGUGGGGCACCCAGCAGGCCAGGCCAGGCCUCAGUGGUGUUGUAACAAGUGGUUCUUUUGGCUGCUUUGCUCUGAACUGGCUGAGGUCCCCACUGGCCCCAGGGACGCCCGUCCCUGCCCCGAGCCUACAGCCUUGGUGUUUGGGUCCAAAUACACAUUGUUAUGGA